AUGGGGAGCAUUAGUUUUAUAAUAAAGCAUUAUGGACAUUGGACUGAAGAUAAUUGCUAUGUUGAUUACACAACUGAGGCAAUUAUGAUUAAAGAAUAUGCAUCGUAUAAAGAUUUAGUUGAUGAAGUUGCUAAUCAGAUUGGGGUAGAUUUGAGGUAUAACAGAUUGAAACUUAAGUAUAAAAUAGAAGGUAGCAUUGCACCUUUGGAGAUACACAACGAUAUGGAAAUGAGAGUAUAUGUCUCAUUGAAGAAAGAAGCUCGAGAAUUCGCAAAGUACCCCAUUUGUGUAACUGUAUCUGUGAAUGAUCGUGAUAUAAAUUGUAAAAAUGAGUAUGAAGAAGAUGUUGGCAUGUGUAUGAUAAAUGGAGGAAGUUUUGAAAGUUGUAAGCCAAUAGUUGUAGUAGACGGCAGCCAUCUCAGGGGGACUUAUAAUGGCACAUUUGUGUCUGCAAGAAUGGAGCAGUUUAGAGAAGCUCAUGGUUUAAAGAAUAAAAUGUGUGUUGUAUCCGACAGAAACGAGAGUAUUAUAAAAGCAGUUUCGAGGAUAUACAACAUACCACAUUAUGCUUGCAUGUUUCAUCUUUGGAAGAACGUGAAGACACUUUAUAAAAAGUCACAUGACAGUUUUUCAGAAGUGUUUUAUGAAAUGGCAAAGGCAUACAAACAUUCUGAAUUUAAUGAACUGAUGAAAAAAGUAGAACAUGUUGAUAUUAAGGUGAAGAAUUAUUUGGAAUUGGCUGGUUAUGACAAAUGGGCAAGAGUGUAUGCAACAGUUGAUCGAGGCACUGUGAUGACAUCAAACAUAGCUGAAUGCAUAAAUGGAUGCCUUGUGAAAGCAAGAGAAUUACCUAUAUAUGAUUUUCUUGAGGAAAUUAGACAAAUGUUUGGUCGAUGGAAUUUCAAAAACCAUACAUCUGCUUCUAAUACAUUCACGACACGUUGUGGUAAAGCACAAGCAAUGCUCGCUGAAAAUGAAGAACUUUCACUGCAUAUGACGGUAGUUGCAACGAGUAAUUAUGUGCACAGUGUUCGUCAUGAAGGGGAAACAUUUAUUGUUUGUCUUGAAAAGAAAACUUGCACAUGUAGGAGAUUUCAAGUGGAUGAAAUACCAUGUUCGCACGCUUGGGCUGUUUUAAAGAAGAAAUUUCUUGAUUCUGAACCGUAUUGUUCUGACCUUUACAAGCCAAAUACAUUACUUGUUACAUAUGCUAAUCCAAUCAAUCCAUUACCUGAUCGAAAAGAUUGGAAUAUGCCUGCAUAUGUAGAGAAUGAAAUAUUUAAGCCUCCAAAGUUCAAAUAA